UAAUUAACAAACUUAAGCAAGUUUUAUGAGAAGAUUUGGAAAUUGAAAAUUAUUCACAAUUUUUUGAACACGAAAAAUUUUUUUCGACUGAAUGAAUGUGAAAAUGGCGUGAAUGAAGUCGAAAAUGGAUAAAUAUUUAAUACCCGUUUACCCUUUUAUAUACCCUAUACACCAAUAGGGCGAUCACACAAGCAGGCAAUGCUCAGGCCCAUUUUGUUGCUCCCAAGGCAAUUUUUCCUCCCAAAUACUCAGCCUCCAAUUUCCCCGAAGAAUUACCCCUUCACCUCUUAACUCGUGUUAAAUUCUACCGCUUUGUGGUUUUUCCUGGUUUGGAUUGAAAAUAUUCCUCCCUAAAUUUGCCUAAUAUAAAUUGACGCAGCCUCAGUCAUUGAAAAAUUUCACUUAUCAAACUCCCUUUUCAGCCUCAAUUUAUUUCAGGCAUUGUUUUAAUAAAACCCCGACUAAACUAAAUUUACCCCAAAAUGCGAUAACAGCGCCCAAUUCUAAGCUGCUAUCUGGUGAAUCAAGUAUAGUAUCAGUAUUAAAAAAAAACUUAUCAAUCAAAACUUGUUUCCUUCUAAUGAAUACCUCGCCGCAUUAGUUGGUUGCAUAAUUUAUUUAUUUUUAGUUUGAAACGAAGAUCAGGAGAAGAGCAUUUUUGUUGGACUUUUUUUCCUCCUCAUCAGAUUUAAUGGAAAUUACCUUUCGCAGAAGUCUGCACAAGGAACUGCAAUAAUAACAGUUUAUGAGCAAAAUGGCAGCGCAGCAGGCGAAGAAUUUGUUCAACCGCCUGUCCCGCGUGAACUACUCGGAGUUCCAAAAUCCAGACUCGACAACUUCAGACAGGACUCCGCUCUAUCAGGAGCAGGAGGAAGAGGAUUUCGGACCACCACUCGGCGACAACAACAGCAACACCACCAACUACUCAAAGAGUGCCUCUGCUCCGAAUCCAGCUUCAAAUCAAUUUCACGACCACCCUGGAUCAAAUCAGUCGAGUGGGGGAGUAGGAAGAGGAGGAGGCUACGGAACCCAGCUAUCCAUGCCUGGAGGGGGGUUCCUGAGAUCAAACCAACAGACCCCCAUGAACUACAGCACUAUAGCCAAUGGACAAGUGGGGGGAGAUGGAAUUGCAGGGGAGGGGGUAGGAGGGGGAGUUCCGAUGCAGCAGACUCAUAACUACAGUCCAGGAGUCGCUAUCCCGACGUUGACAGUAGACGAUGUCGUCGAGGACCUGGGGUUUGGAAUGUACCAGGUUAAAAUCGUGGCUCUCGCCGGCUUGGCCUGGAUGGCCGAGUCCAUGAUGGUGAACGUGCUCGGAGUUCUCGGACCCGAGAUCUACUGCAAGUGGCAGUUGUCGGCCGACGCCGAGGCCGCCAUCGCUAUCUCUGGCUUCCUCGGACUCAUGCUCGGCUGUGUGUUCUUCGGAGUCGUGUUCGAUCGGUUCGGGCGGCGCUUCGGAAUGCUAUUGUCAGUCGGGUGGUCGGCGGUGUUCUGUUUGAUCACAGCUUUUUCUACUCGCUACGUGUUUCUGUUGAUCAAUGUGUUCUUGAUGAACUUCGGAGCUGGAGCCAGCAGUUUGGCAGCUGUUUAUUCCACCGAGUUCAUUCCAGUUAAGAUGAGGUCGACAGCCAUCUGCAUCAUGAACUUCUUCUGGGCAGGGGGCGCGUCCUUGACCUCCCUUGUAGCUCUCAUUUUCCUCGGGUCCAGUCGAACGGGCGAGCGAGCCAUAGAGAUGACUGACAGCUCCGGGUGGCGAUGUCUAGUCGCAUCCUGUUCAAUUCCCCUAUUUUUAUUCGUACUUCUGGGCUACAAGUACCUACCGGAGUCGCCCAGGUUUUCGAUCACUCGUGGUAACCCGAUUGAAGCGUCGAUAGUGCUCAAGAAGUUUGCAGAUGAGAACAAGAGAAAUUGUCCGGUUGGGAACUUAGCUGCUGAUCAAGUCUCAUCACAAGGUAGUCUCAGAAGUCUGAUCAACUCUUACACGUGGAGGAAGACGACCCUGAGUAUCUGCACGAUAGUUUUUGUGGUCAGAUUCUGCUACUAUGGCACUAUCCUGCAAACGACAGAGAUAUUCCAGGAGCAGGAUGUGGGCUCCUUCUGCGAUCUACAGGGUGCACUAGGCGUAUACAGGUGCAAAUCGAUGUGCAAGCGACUGCACUCUCACGACUACGUAGACUUACUCUUGACAACUCUGGCCGAGUUCCCCGGUCUAGUGGUGACCUACUUCAUAGUGGACAAGUACGGCAGGAGACUCAGUCUAGCAGCUGUAUUGGGGGGCAUGUCAAUCGGCUACAGCAUUCUCUUCAUCUGCCCCGGAAGGACAGUCACCGACGCCGCUUUCUUCAUAGCGCGCGCACUCGCCAUCUCAUCAUUUAACACUAUCGUCUUGUACGGGGCCGAAAUUUAUCCGACCAAUAUGCGGGCCACAGGUCUCGGCUUCUGUAGUUUUGUGGGCGGAAGUGGCAUGCUGUUGGUGCCAGUAGUGACAGAGAUUAUAUCGAAGACCUCCUCUCGUCUCGCAACCACCAUCUUCGUCGGUCUCGCCUCUCUCGGCGCUUUUACCGCACUCUCCCUCCCCAUAGAGACCUCGGGACUCAAAUUAGGACAACUCAAUUUGUAGCUGCCACAAGACAGAGAAAAGAAAAAUUUAUCUUUCAAAAUCUCCGUAACCCGAAAAGCAUAAUGGUUUACCAUACAAACAUUAUGUAUCAAAUCUAGUUUUUUUGGGCCGAGAUUUUGAAGCAGAUACAAAAAAAAAAACAUUUUUAUUGAGUUGAACUGAAUUUAAAAAUACUGAAAAAGGAUGAAAAUGCAGAUAAUUUAA